AAGCUUUUAAAGGAAGGGUUGUUGGCAAAUGGCAAUGACAAAAGGAGAACCAAACAACUGUCUGUUGCACUGGCCUGUGUGACACAUGAUUUGCCCAUGGAAAAAGGUAACGCUAGAAACAAGGAAAAAGUAAAAGGAGGCUUGCAAGGGUGUAAUUAUAGGCAUGAAAAGAAAACCAGGGUCUCUCUCUCUCUUGCAUCCACAGAUCUCUGCCCAAGUAAAAAGUUUGCAAGAACCAACAAAAACCCAAACCAAGCGAAUUUUUUCUCCCCUCCCAUGGCCUGAGGCUAUGAUUGAGUGAACCAGACAAAGUUUCCUCACUGUCCCAUUCCCCCCUUCACACCCACUACUACCCCAUACCAGUUAUGUCUCUAAGCUCAAGCUUCUCUAUUUUGAUGCCUUUUCUCCUACAUUUUUAUCUCUGAUUACGGCCCUCGCCCCCAACAUCGUUUGAUCAGUUUCCACAGUGAAUCAUUGAUCUUCAUCUUUACUGGAAAAUGGGGGAAGUGAAAGAAAAUAAGUAAAAAGCCAAACAAGAAAGGGAGAAACCCAGGUCCUUCUUUUUCUUGCAUUAUUUUUCUCGUCCGCUGUCUGCUGAGUGUAAAAUGAGGAAGCAUGGAUGGCAACUUCCCUACCACCCUCUCCAGGUGGUAGCUGUUGCUGUGUUUUUGGCAUUGGGGUUUGCUUUCUAUGUGUUCUUUGCUCCUUUUGUUGGGAAGAAACUGUUGCAGUAUAUUGUGAUGGGUCUCUACACGCCUCUUAUCACAUGUGUCUUCGGCCUAUAUAUUUGGUGUGCGGCAGCCGAUCCUGCAGACCCUGGGGUUUUUAAGUCCAAAAAAUACCUAAAUAUCCGAGACCAUGAAAAGCAUUCAAGACCAAGGGAUUCUAAAGUAGGUGGUGAAUCAACUUCUUCCAUAGUUGAUGCUAAUGCUGCAACAGAUGGGGGAAAACCUCUGGAUAAGGAUGUGGUGGACAAAGAUGCUACUUCAAAAGAGCAUAUUACUGAAAUUGAGAAGAAUGCAUCCUCAAAGCAUUCAUCUUGUUUCUUAUUGGCUUGCUUUCCCUGUGCUUUUAUCUGCAACCGCUGCAGCUCGAGUGAGGAGUCUUCUGAACAACAAAUGAGUGAAGAAGGCAUGUUCUACUGCAGUUUGUGUGAAGUUGAGGUUUUCAAGUACAGUAAGCACUGUCGAGUUUGUGAUAAAUGUGUUGACCGCUUUGAUCAUCAUUGCAGGUGGCUUAACAACUGUAUAGGCAGAAAGAACUAUCGACAAUUUUUCACCCUAAUGGUUACCUCUCUUCUCUUGCUUAUUUUACAAUGGACGACUGGAAUCCUUGUGCUUAUCUGCUGUUUUCUUGAGAGGAAGCGGUUCUCUGCAGAUAUCUCUGCCAAGUUGGGGAGCAGUUUCUCUUUGGUGCCUUUUGUUAUUGUAGUGGCAGUCUGCACCAUUUUGGCCAUGAUCGCUACAUUACCACUUGCUCAGCUUUUCUUCUUUCACAUCCUGCUCAUAAAGAAGGGAAUCACCACAUAUGAUUACAUCAUAGCUCUGAGGGAGCAGGAGCAAGAGCAACAAGGAGUUGGAGUUCAGCAGAGUCCUCAAAUGUCUCCUGCCAGCUCACUUACUGGAUUAAGCAGUGCAAGCUCCUUUACAACUUUCCACCGUGGCGCAUGGUGCACACCUCCGCGCCUAUUUCUUGAAGACCAGUUCGACGUUGUUCCUCCAGAAACUGGAUCUGUGAGUUCGUUGGGGAAAAAGAUGGUGGGAGAGGAACCAAUGAAGAAAAAAAACCCUGGGGCUGUAAAGAUCAGUCCUUGGACAUUAGCACGAUUAAAUGGAGAAGAGGUUUCAAAGGCAGCUGCUGAGGCAAGAAAAAAAUCCAAAAUCUUGCAGCCUGUACUCAGACGGGAUGCCCCUUUUGGACUAGAACCUGAAAGUAGCUUUGGCAGCAGUGGCCGUCGAAUGGUCCCACGGCCUGAGAGUAAUAGAAAGCGAGCAAAUAAGCGGGUGCGCCUCCCAGCUGACUUACCCCAUGGGCCCCUGCCAACAGUUUCUGUUAAAGCAGUUGAGAAAGGUUUCAAUGAGACAUCGACUAGUCUGGCCCCUCUUCAGCUUGAAGCACGCAGUGCUUUCCAAACAAGCAGAGCAAUGUCAAGCUCGGCUGGGAUAGUUUCUUCUUCUCCUGAGAGUAGUUUAGACUCACCUGACAUUCAUCCAUUCCGUUCUUCAUCGGGAGCUGAAGAGGUGAGGCGGCUCACAGGUCUGCCUACCAUUGGUGCAGUUGCUCAGGGGGUAAUCCCGCUGUCAAGGUCUACCAGUGAUGGUUAUGAAGCUUCUGGUGGGGAAGAUAGUGACCGAGUUCCUUCCAGAAUUGUGCAGAGGUCAACAAACUGGAGUAACCUUCUCUUCGGCUCUGGUCAUGAUGAGAGGGUUAUUAAAAUGAAUGCUUCAUCUUCUACCCAGGCUUACAAUAGAAAGCUUUGACCAAUUAUGAAUUUAUGAAGUUCCAAUCAUUUUGAUUCCUUGAAGGGGAAUAGUUCAACAUUCUUUCAUUUAUUGGCCAAGGUGUUUCAAGCUCCAAGUGACGGACUGCUUUGCCAAAGUGAAUUGGUAAUGUGCUUUGAGAUCUCCGAAUCAGGGCGCUUCAUGGGGAGGACAUCGAUGAGGCUGUACAGAAAUAUUAAAAUUUGAGUUCUACCAAGAUGAAUAUGCUUUGUAUUUUGCUUGAGCUUCAUUGCUUUGUCUGGUGGGUUUCAGGGAUUGACAACAUCGUGAGUUUGCUGUAUACUGCUUGCGGUACUCCAUUUGUCAUCCUUGUGUGGUUUUUGUUAGAAAUCAAUUCCUCUUGGAUGGCUUUUGUUCAACUUUUUACUGUUACUAACAAUUCUCUUGACAGACUAAAAAAUUUCGUGUUUACAUUGUCAUA